CUAGUUACUUUUUCAUGGGAGAAGUCGGAUAUGCUAUUUUACUUUCUCUUCAGGUAAACGGAUAUGCUCCUCUCCUCUCCUGGAAAAUUCAUACAGUAAUUCUUUUGGGGUGAAAAAAAAAAGAUUUUUAAGUAAUUAAUUACAUUUCUUUUUGACUAAUUUUAUUCUAUUUAUUUUAUUGGUUAUUAAUAUAAUAUAAUGUGAGUGAAUGAGAAAUGGAGAGAGCUGGCGUUUAAAGCAAGAACAAACAACAAGAGCAAUUGCUUUUACAUGUGUGUUUGUCUGUGUUUGGAAAGUUCCAGAAGAAAAGUAGGGCCUUUUUUCAACUUCAAAUCUCAAUCUUUGAUGAGCUGGGCAUUGAUCUAACUUGACACUUUGCAAAAAUUAAUAAUAAGUUAUUAGUUGUUUAAUUAAACUGUCAUUGUUUUCUCCGUCUUUCUUGGAGAGAAAAAGAUCGCCAAAUGCUCAUCGAUCAAAUCACCCUACAUUUCUACUUUUUCACACCCUAUUAUUAUGUUUGUUCCAAGAACCCAACUUUUUUCUUCUUCUCUCAAAAUUAUACCCACUUCUUUUUUCAUCUUCAAUGGCGUUUCUUUCUCCUAUUUCUCUCUCCCAUGACCCACCUACUUCUCUCAUUGCUCCUCGCACCAUCGACUCAACCCAAAUCUUUGGUUCUAAGCUGAAAUCAGGGGAAUUGCAGCAUACCCAGUUGAGAUUAACGGCUAAUUCCAGGACUACUCCAGGUCUAACUAUGAGUGCUUCGAGGGAACCACCGGCAUUGACUCAAGAACACAGAAACAACAAACUGGAGACAGUAGUGGAAACCGAAAGUGGAACUGAUUUGUUUGACAAUUUGAAACGUCGUUUUCUAAGCUUCAAGAAGCACAAAUACAUGGAAAACUUAGAACACUACGAGCAACUUGCAAAGAAUCAAGAACCGAAGUUCAUGGUGAUUGCUUGUGCUGACUCUAGAGUUUGUCCCUCUGCAAUACUGGGAUUCCAACCUGGAGAAUCAUUUACAAUACGCAAUAUUGCAAACCUGGUGCCCCCCUUUGAGAAGGGACCAUCGGAAACAAAUGCUGCAUUAGACUUUUCGGUGAAUACUCUAAAAGUUGAAAAUAUUCUAGUUAUUGGCCACAGCUGCUGUGGUGGCAUUCGUGCUCUUAUGAGCAUGGAAGGUGAAGGGGAUUCAAGCAACUUCAUUCAUAACUGGGUUAUUCAUGGAAAGAACGCAAAACUGAAAACAAAGGCUGCUGCUUCAAAUCUGAACUUUGACCAGCAAUGCAAACACUGUGAGAAGGAAUCGAUUAAUCGAUCGUUGCUAAACCUGCUGACAUACCCUUGGAUAGAAGAGAAAGUUAGGGAAGGAGUUCUCUCGAUUCACGGGGGUUACUACGACUUUGUUGACUGUACUUUUGAGAAAUGGACAAUGGAUUACAAGGAAACAAGCUUAAGUGAAGAAGACGGCAAAAUUUCGGUCAAAGAUAGAUUGUUUUGGUGCUGAUAUUUCUUUGUUCUUAUAUUUUUAUUUUUGUGUGAAACUUUUCAAGGUUUUCAAAAGCUCAUUUGUAGCUGAAGGAGUAUAGAUGUGUUUGUGAAAUAAGGAUUUGAAUCUGGAAUUUAUGUUGUGAGUUUGAAUUUGUUUUGAAUUUCGGGAAAUAUAACCCUGUUGUAAAAUAGCUAAAAUUUGUCUGAACCUUUUGUGUGAUAUUUCAUGUAUUUCAAUAAAGGAGAAUUUUCAUUUUUA